AUGGACGGUGAGGCACAAUGCGUCUUUUCUAUUUUAAUCAGAAAUAUUCUUUACACAAACCUAAUCUUUAUUUUAUUUUUAGUCGAACAAUUGAAAUCUAACCCCGAUAUCCGCGAAAAAUUAUUUGUGGCCGCAAAAGAAUCUCACGGCAACUUUCUAAAUAGAAAUUGUAUUAUACAAAGUGGUUUCAUAAAUGUUCACGUGAAUACAAAUCCAAAGAAUCAUCAUUCAAUUGCUCCCAUUGAUGUCAACAACAAACAUUCGUCACAACAUGAUGCUCUGAUCACCGAUAUACUCAGUAAUUAUUACAAAGACGAUCAUCAUGAUAUUCAACACCAGCAUCAUCAUGAAGACCUUAAUGGUGUCGAGGAGGCAACUCAACAACUAUGGAAUGGCGGCGACUCGCAAUCUAACUUUAGCUCUGCAUCAAGCUAUUGCCGCAAUAUAGAUUGGCUUGACUAUCCCACAAGAUUUUACACACAAUUUCAUGUGCUGUCAAGUCGAAAUUUUAAAGAAGCUAAAUCUCGUAUGUUAUCCAAACUGAAUUGGUUUCAAACCGUAGGCUUGGCACUGAUGGCCGGUGCAAUAUGGUUUGAUAUUCCUCGUACCGAAGAGUAUUUGCACGAUCUACAGGGUUGGAUGUUUUUUUCUCAAACCUACUGGAUGUUGUUUGCAUUGUUUGGCGCUCUUAAUUCGUUUCCAUCCGAACGUGAAGUGAUUAAUAAGGAAAGACGUUCAGGGUCGUAUAGAUUGUCAGCUUAUUAUCUGGCAAAAAUGUUUGGAGAAUUACCGUUAGUUAUAACAUUGCCAACCGUUUAUCUCAUGAUAUCGUAUCCGAUGUUGGGCUGUGUUAGUUUUAAAUUAUUUUUCUUAAUGUUAAUAUUUUUACUGUUGAAUACAAUGGUGGCUCAAAGUGUGGGAUUUUUCAUUGGCGCCUGUUGCAUGGAUAUGAAUGUUAGUAUAACGCUGAGUGCACUUUAUACACUUGCCACACAAUUGUUUGGAGGUUAUUUAUCCACACGUAUUCCCGACUUUUUAAGCUGGAUACGUUACACCUCCAUGAUACACUACGCAUAUCAGAAUAUGCAAAUAUUGGAAUUUAGUGAAGGUCCACCAAUAGAAUGCAGCCAACCGAGUAGUUAUGAAGUCUGCAAGAGCAAUAACACAAAGUACAUUCCCUAUGAGGAAAUUCUCAAAGCCCAGAAUUCAUCCUCUCCGCUUUGGUUGAACACUCUAGUAUUAAUGAUGUUCUUUCUGGUAUUUAGAUGUUUCGGUUAUGCGGUUCUCCGAUAUAUACGCUGCCCCAAGACGUGAUAAUAACAUUAGAUUAAUUGAUAGUUUAACUGUAUUAAUGCAACAAGCCACAAAUUACAUCUUGUUGCCACAAAUUACAUUAUGUGUGUGACAGUAACGUAGUCAUAAUAAUUAUUACCAUUUAGAAUAUAAUUAUACACAAUCACAUUAUUUAUGCAAAUAUUCGUACAAAAAGAGUGAAUCCUAAAAAUAAUGUAGUAUCAUAAGAAAUUCAUGCUAAAAACUACAAAUAAAAAAUUUAAUUUUAAGUAAACUUUUCAAUUUUUUAAAGUGUUAAUCUAUAAAGCAAAAAAAAAAAAACGAUGAGCAACAAUUUUCUUAAUAAUUUUUAAUGCUAUUUGAAAUUAAUAAAUAUGUAUUAUCUAUAAUGUUUCCUCUACCAUAAGUGAGUGUUAUUAUUAUUUUAAUGUAUAUAUUUUAAAUGUCAUUAUUAAUUAUUUUUCAAAUUCAUAUGUAUGUAGGUAUUUUAUUUGUUUUUAAUUAUUUGUACCAACAUUUAAAUAUAAGCACCAUACAUGCCUAAAUGUUUA